CGCCCGGAGAUCGACCAUCAAGAGGGCAGCAGCGAGCGAAGGCAAAACGCUCAGACCUCUACGGCCGCCUCUUUUCUUACGUUAUAUGUAUAUUUGACGGGUGCGCGACGGUAUAGGUCAACAGCUGAAGGAAGAGAUGUUGCUGCUAAGUGUUGCGGCGUCCGUGUUCGUGGCUUUCGUGAGCGCAUCCCCCGAAGAGGAGAAGCUUCUGCAGAGUCUACUCCACGACUACAGUUCGAUUACUCGCCCGGUCCUCAAUGUCAACGACUCGCUGACCGUGAACCUCACCUACACUCUGGUCGAUAUCGAUGCAGUUGACGUCGACAGCAACGAGAUUUCGGUUCAGGGUUGGCUGCAGAUGGGCUGGAAAGACAUGCAGCUCAGAUGGGACCCGUCGCAGCACAGUGGAGUCAAGAGCCUCCAUGUCCCCUGCGAUACGAUCUGGAGACCCGACAUAAAAGUCUACAAUGGCCCAGACGCAGCCAUGGAUUCGACUCUCGCGAUCGUAUACAGCGACGGAAACGUUCUCUGGGUUCCGCCAUUCAAAGCCAAUAUCCAAUGCGAGAUGAAGCCGCUCUGGUAUCCUUUCGAUGUUCAGAACUGCAGUAUUGUCCUAGGCAGCUGGACAUACGACGUCUCGAUGGUGGACCUCCAGAUCGGAGCCGCGCAACCGACCGAAUUCCGUAAAAACAAAGAAUGGAAACUCGUCGCCUUGGAACACAGACGUUUCGAGAAAAAGUACAACUGCUGUGAGAACGUUUACCCCAGCAUCGAAGCCCAAAUCACAAUUCGACGACAUGGCUGCAGGAAUUUGCUCAGCAAAGCCCUUCCUGUCGCCGCCCUAGCCGCCCUCGGACUCAUGACGAUGCUCAUCCCGGCACCACGAGCGGAGAUUCGUCUCUUGGUCGUGACGCUCCUCAUCGGCUCUGCGUUGAUCAUUGCGGAUUUCAGUGACGCCCCGGACUCUUUCAACGCCAUGUCUUUAUUCAAUUUCCAGAUGAUUCUAGUUUUGGCCGGCUGUUUCUUGUGCAAUUGCAUUCAUCUCGCGAUUCUCCGUGGUGGUUUCGAUGCUAGCCUGCUCGAAAAGCUCGCUGGUCUGGUUUCAUCGAACGAAAAGUCGGAAAAUCUCAUUACAAAUGUUGAGCAGCGAUACCAUCGGACCUUGGACACACUCUUCAGCAUGCCAUUGACUUUCGUUUUAGUUAUGUCGAUAAGUCUCUUCUCCUUGCUCCCAUUACUCAAGUGAUGGGUGUAGAGCCGCUGGGAGCCUGUCUCCAAGCUAGUUUGUCGACUUGACCAGAUACAUCGCUCGGAGAUUCAU